AUGGCUAAGAAGAAUAGUAAAAAAGAUAAAGAAGCCAAAAAGGCUCGUGCUGAAGAGAAGAAUAAGAAAAACUUGUCAAAAGCUGAGGGUAAAAAUAAGAAGAAGGCCAAAAAGACUGGUGAAGUUGAUGAAGAUGAUGUUGACAUUGAUGAAAUUUUAGCCAACUACAAAAAAGAACAAGAAGCUUUCGAAGCGAUCAAUGUUGAAACUGUUACUCGUCCUUCAAAAAGAAUCAAUGUGUCCAUGGUUGCUAAUCCAAAUCAUGGUAAAAAAGAAUUAUUCAUCUUUGGUGGUGAAAACACAGUUGAUAACAUUUCUGCAUUUUAUAACGAAUUAUACACUUAUGCUCCAGAUUCUGAUCAAUGGAGAAAAAUAACAUCCAAGAAUAGUCCAAUGCAUAGAUCUUCAGCUGCUAUAGCUGCUCAUCCAAGUGGUGUUGUAUUAUUACAUGGUGGUGAGUUUUCAAGUCCUAAACAAAACACAUUCUACCACUAUUCAGAUACUUGGUUAUUAGACGCAACUACAAAAGAAUGGACCAAGAUUGAACAAAAAAAUGGUCCAAGUGCAAGAUCUGGUCAUAGAAUAACUGUUUGGAAGAAUUUUUUCAUCAUGUAUGGUGGGUUUAGAGAUUUAGGCUCUUCAACUUCAUAUUUAAAUGACCUUUGGGUUUUCGAUAUCACAAAUUAUAAAUGGAAACAAAUUGAAUUUCCUCCAAAUCACCCAACUCCAGAUGCUAGAUCUGGUCAUUCUUUGAUCCCUUCAGCUGAUGGUGCUGUGUUAUGGGGUGGUUAUUGCAAAGUUAAAGCUGGUAAAGGUUUACAAAAGGGUAAAAUCCUGACAGAUUGUUGGAUGUUGAAGAUGAAGAGUGAUCUAGGUGCUAUCAGAUGGGAAAGACGUAAAAAGCAAGGUUUUCAACCUUCACCAAGAGUUGGUUGUUCUAUGGUACAUCAUAAAGGUAGAGGGGUCUUGUUUGGGGGUGUUUACGAUUACGAAGAAACUGAAGAAUCUUUAGACUCGUCAUUCUUCAAUGAUUUGUUCACUUAUCAAGUUGAAAAUAACAGAUGGUAUUCACUUUCCUUAAGAGCUCAAAAGAAAAAACAACAAAAAUUGAACAAGAAGCAAAAUAGAGAUGAAGACUUGGAAGAACUUUUGAACUCCAUUUUGGCUAAGGCUAAAUUGGAGGACGAUGAAGAAGAUAACGAAGAUGAUGAUGAAAUUGAAGCUGAAUUGAAAAAAUUCGAUGAUGAGUCCGAUAGUGAUGAAGACGAGCAAGGUGAAAGAAAUGAAUAUCCUGUUGUUAAUACUUUACCACACCCAAGAUUCAACGCAGCAACUGCUGUCGUUGACGAUUCUUUGUUCAUUUUCGGUGGUGUCUGGGAAUUAGGUGAAAGAGAUUAUUCGAUUGAUAGUUUGUAUUCUAUUGAUCUUGCUAAACUAGAUGGUAUGAAAGUGUAUUGGGAGAAUUUGAAAGAUGUUGAAAAUGCUAAAGAAGAGGAGGAAGAAGAUGAAGACGAUUUCGACGAAGAAGAUGACGAGGAUGAAGAUGAUGAAGGGGAAACUGAAGAUAAGAAAUUGGUUGCAGAGGAAGACGAAGAGGACGAGGAAGAUAUUAUUGAGGACGAACCUGAAAUUCCAGAUUUAAGACCUUGGUUACCACAUCCAAAGGCUUUCGAAUCAUUAAGAGCCUUCUAUGUCAGAACUGGUGCUGACUUCCUUCAAUGGGCUAUUUCCAACAAUAGAGAUGCCCGUGGUAAGCACUUGAAGAAGAAAUCAUUUGAUUUAUGUCAAGAUCGUUGGUGGGAAAGAAGAGAACAAGUUCGUAUCGAGGAAGAUAGAUUAGAAGAACUUGGUGGGAUUGGUGAAGUUAUAGAGAAGGAUACAACCAAAACUACUAAAAGAAGAUAG